AUGGCAGACCUCGUUCGUUCAGAGGUUCUGCACCAUGAUUCACACGGCGAUGACGCCCAGGACCAUACAGACCAGAGCAUCUUGACUCGAAUGGCACGUCUGAGAAAGAACCCAAUCAACUUCGCCCAUGAACUUUCUCUCUUCGUGCGAGGUGUCGACUGGCGGAGCUACGACAACGUUGUCGGACAACGUGUCUUUUAUCCAGGCUAUACCGCCAGGCUGAAAAGUGCCACCAUGAAAUCUACAAUUCUCAAGAAGAAGAUCGUCGAUUUAACUGAGGCAAGACUGCGCAAGGAAGAAGACCAGUAUCUGUUGGAUCCUACCAGCCCCAUGUAUGCGCAAGAGCGAGAGAAGAGAAGGCACGAGAUUUCAUCCCAACUACUCGAUAUCACUGAUGGCAUGCUCGAUUAUAUGAUGUGCAAGAUGGAGAGCAAACCCUACCUCCGUGGCGCCUUUUACAUGGUCACCCAACUCCUCACUAGAGCUUACAGCGCCAUUCACGUUUCCGAGGCUGAGGUGAAGCGUUUACGCGAGAUUGCGACACAAGCGGCCAAGAAGAAGCAGUCCAUCAUUUUCCUCCCACGGCACACCUCUCAUCUCGACUAUGUGACUCUUCACCUCAUCUGCUACCGUUUGGGCCUCACUCUUCCUGUCGUUGUCGCCGGUGAUAACCUCAAUUUCCCCGUCGUGGGCAAUUUUCUGCAAAGUCUCGGCGCAAUGUGGAUUAGACGGAGCUUCAGCGACGAUCAACUCUAUAAGACGCUUGUUCAGGCAUACAUAGACACCAUGCUUCAACAAGGCUUCAACCUCGAAUGCUUUAUCGAAGGCACUAGAAGUCGGACGGGCAAACUCCUCGGUCCUCGCUUUGGGAUCCUCGAUUUUUAUCUCGACUCGGUUCUGUCAGGUCGGACAGACGAUGUCUACAUAUGUCCGGUGUCUCUGCAGUACGACAAGGUCAUUGAGGUGGAUUCCUAUGUCAGCGAGUUGCUGGGCAAACCAAAGCAGAAGGAAAACUUGUCUGAUUUCUUAUCCUCCUCUUCUGUCCUCGCCCUUAAUUUGGGUAGGAUUGAUUGCCGCUUUUGUGAGCCGUGGAGUCUGAAAGGAUUCCUGCACCAACAGCAGGAUCGACACGAUGUAUCAAAACCGCAGCAUCCCUUUGCGACUUCACGAGACUCUGAUGCUAGGGUCCGGCUUCUGCGAACUUUGGGCUACAAGGUUCUCUCUGACAUCAACUCGGUUGCUGUCAUCAUGCCGACUGCCCUUGUUGGCACUGUGCUUCUGACUCUUCGAGGCCGUGGUGUGGGAAAAUCUGAACUGGUCAGAAGAGUGGACUGGUUGUGUACAAGAACCAGGGCCAAUAGAGGCAAGGUCGCCGACUUUCAUGGUAUGCCAACAUCUUACAUCGUCGAGCGGGCUCUAGAAGUUCUCGGACCAAAGCUCGUUGGCACAAUUGACGGCCUCGCCGAGGAGACAUAUUAUGCCGUCGACAGGUUUCAGCUGUCAUUCUACAGAAACAUGACAAUCCACUUGUUCAUUUCCGAGUCCCUCAUUGCGGCAUCACUAUACACUCGAGUCAAACAAGGUGGAGGGAGCGUACACCAGAGCCUGAAAGAAUCCGAGCUCACCGAAAAAGUCACCUUCCUGUCACAACUAUUCCGGGGAGAGUUUAUUUUCCCCGCCGGACAAGGCUUGCAGCACAAUCUGGAAGUUGCCAUGGAAGGGCUCCUGCGUGAAGAUGUGUUGCAGGUUUCGGAGGACAGCGACAGAAUUGUCGGACUCUCCAACGCCGAACGUAAACACGGUCGCGAGAACUUCGACUUUUACUGCUUCUUAAUCUGGCCAUUCAUUGACGCGGCCUGGCUUGGGGCCGUGUCUCUGCUCGCUAUUGUUCCUCCUGUGGAUUCCACGAUAAAAUGGAUCGACAUGCAAAAGGCUCAAAAUAUGGCCCAACUGGCAGGCCGGACUCUGUAUCACCAGGGCGAUCUAUCCUACUUCGAGGCUGUUAACAAGGAAGCCCUCAAGAACGCCUUCACUCGUUUCCAAGAGGAGCAGAUUGUGAUAGUGGCGAAGAGCAAGGAUGCCAAAGUCGGGCCAACGAUCCAAUUGGCCCCGGACUGGAUGCCAGCGCGAGACCCGUCCACGGGUGAUCUCCAAGCGUCGGGGCGACUAUGGGACUUUAUCGAGAACAUUUCACAGUUUAGGCGCGAGGGCAAGAACCGGCGUGAUGGAGCCGCGGUCUCCACCCGAGUUCUGAGAUUGGCGGCCAAGUUGAACCAAGAAUUGUUCGACGAGGCCCAGACAUCCUUGACAGAGGCAGCGCAGCCCUCGGGACGCGAUCGACGCAGGAGAUCCAAAUUAUAG